CCCGGGGCGGGGCGGCGGCGAGCGGAGCCGCAGCCAGGUGACCUUGGCAGGCAGAGCCGGGCUGCGCCCGCCGGCAGCGGGGAAGCUGGGUGGGGAGACGGCCGAGAUGGUGGAGGACGGCGGCGAGGAGGAGGCGGAGGGGGAGAGCGGGGAGCCGCCGGCGGCCCCGCUGCAGCGCUGCAAUGGCUUCCUGCCCGGCAAGGAGGCGGCCCCGGCGGGCGGCGGGCAGCGGGCGGCCCCGGAGGCCGAGGAGAUGCUGUCGGCGGGCGGCGUGCGGCCGGAGGCGCGGCCGGAGACGCGGCUGUCGCGGCGGCGGCUGGCGGUGCUGGCCGUGUUCAGCUGCUACUCGCUGGUGAACGCCUUCCAGUGGAUCCAGUACAGCAUCCUCAGCAACGUCUUCGCCGGCUUCUACGGCGUCUCCUUCACGCAGAUCGACUGGCUGUCCAUGGUGUACAUGGUGGCCUACGUGCCGCUGAUCCUGCCGGCCACCUGGCUGCUGGACGCCCGCGGGCUGCGGCUCACGGCGCUGCUGGGCGCGGGGCUGAACGCGGUGGGCGCCUGGCUCAAGUGCGGCAGCCUGGCCCCCCAGCGCUACCCGCUCACCCUGGCCGCCCAGGCCGUCUGCGCCGUCGCCCAGGUCUUCAUCCUGGGGCUGCCCUCCCGCAUCGCCUCCGUCUGGUUCGGCCCCACCGAGGUCUCCACCGCCUGCGCCGUGGCCGUGCUGGGCAACCAGCUUGGUACUGCAAUUGGCUUUUUAUUGCCACCUGUUUUGGUCCCAAAUACACCGAAUGAUAUUGAUCUUAUGGCACAUAACAUCAGCAUCAUGUUCUACGGAACAGCGAUAGUGUCCACACUUUUGUUCUUCUUAGCAGGAGUUGUGUUUGAGGAAAAGCCCAAAUAUCCUCCCAGUCACUCUCAAGCAGUCCUGCAAAAUAAACCUCCUGAGGAUUACUCCUACAAGCAGUCCAUUAUUAACUUGUUCAAAAAUAUUCCAUUUAUACUUUUGCUAAUCAGUUAUGGUAUUAUGACUGGGGCAUUUUACUCUGUCUCCACAUUAUUAAACCAGAUGAUAGUAACUCAUUAUGAGGGAGAAGAAGUGAACGCUGGGAGAAUUGGCUUGACACUGGUGGUGGCAGGAAUGGUGGGUUCGAUUAUUUGUGGUUUGUGGCUGGAUUACACUAAAACAUACAAGCAAACUACUUUGAUUGUUUACAUUCUCUCUUUCAUUGGGUUGCUGGUAUUUACCUUCACCCUGGACCUCGGAUACCUUAUAGUAGUGUUCGUGACUGGAGGAGUGCUUGGGUUCUUCAUGACUGGCUAUCUUCCACUUGGGUUUGAAUUUGCUGUGGAAAUUACAUAUCCAGAGUCUGAAGGCACGUCCUCAGGUCUCCUUAAUGCAUCAGCACAGAUAUUUGGAAUUAUCUUUACACUUGUCCAAGGAAAGCUCACAACAGACUACAGUCCUCGUGCUGGAAACAUCUUUCUUUGUGCUUGGAUUUUUGUGGGCAUUAUUUUAACAGCCUUAAUAAAAUCAGAUUUGCGAAGACACAAUGUGAAUUCAGGGAUUAUGAACUUGGACGUUAAAGCUUCCCUUCAGAUGAAGUCACUUUCUGAUGAACAGAAGCCAUGCUGGAGUUCCUGUGCAGUGCUGCAUAAAGAGCUGGGUUUGUUCUUCUGCUGACACUCUCAAUUUAAAGGAAGAGUGCCAGUUGACAGUCCUGUAGAACCUGAAAGCACUACAUUAAAGAUAGAGUCAGAUUUAUGAAGCUGAAGGAAGGUGACUCAGAAACGCACAAUUUUGGUUAGAUACAGAAUGAUAUGAGCUAGUGUAAUCACUGGAUUUGUGUGUAUGAGUAGUGAAAUGUGUUUGUUGAUAUUGGUGGUAGUUGUGUACUGGAAGCUAUGAAGAUGCUCAGUUCAUUUUGCUCAAGAUGCAAACAAUUCACCUUUGUAUGGAAUAUUUAUUUUAACAUUUUCAAGUCUUGCAGUUUCAUUAGUAAAGAGCUGUGUGAACACUCCACGGUAGGGAGAUGUGCAUUCAGGAUGCAUACUUGAAAAAAAUCAGGAAUCUUGAACUACAGUUAUCAUGAUCAGAAGUGUCUAAUCUUUUCUUGUUCAGUCUUGCUGGUGCAUUUGAAAAGUCAAAGAGUAGGGAAAUGCACAGCAGGAGGAUGUUCACGAGUUCAUUUUUUACUUUAAAUGUAUCUGUAUUUGAAUAUAAGCCAAUGAUUCCUUCUGGAAAAGUGAUAGCACAAUACUGAAAACAAGAGAUGAUGUGUGUGUUUCAUACUGGCAUCUGACAUUUCUUUUGCCUUGAAACUUCUUUAUAGGUAUCAGAAGGCAGAUAAGAGAAAACACUGUUCUUGCUAUAGCUUCAUUGUAGCAUUUCUGGGGAGAUUUAAAAAGUUUCUCACUAGAUAAAUUGCAGAAAAAACCAUUUCUUAUUAAAUACAGUAAAAAGGAUGACAAAGGCCUUUAAUAUCUCUGUUUUGAAAUAUUUAUAAGCAGUGGAACACUACCACACAAGUUUCCUCCAUGGAAUAUUUUGAGUGCUUUCUCAGUUAAAGAGAGAGGAAUUAGUGUUUACAAAGAGCCAGUGCCUUUACUUUGUAAAGAAGAUCCCUGCCUCAUCUUGAGUUUAAUCAGUGCUGCUGAAGAAAUUCCAUUUUGUGUGUUAAACCUCUGAAUAUUUGUGGAGUAUCAGAAAACGUGUUCUGUCCUUUUUAUGAAUUGUAUCACUUGUCUCAUGUGAAAUUCCUGUGCUUGUGUAACUUAAAUCAUGUCUUUUGCAGCGUGUUAAAAGCUGUAAGGAUGACUGAAAAUAGUGAUAUUUUCACUUUUUCUGAUCAAGUAUUUUUUUUUAAUAUCAUCUGAGCUGCAAAAUGAGCAGACAUUAUAACAGUAACUUUUUGUUACUUCAUUUAUCUGUAUUUGGAAUGGGGGUUUCUUAUUGCAGUGCUUUUGAAAAUUUUCUCCUUUACCUUGUGCUCUAUCUACACACCCACAGAACUGAUAGCACUACCAUAAUACUAUUGCUGGGAAAGUCAGACCUGGGUUACUGGACUUUCUGGAAACGUUUCAUUUUUUAGCUCAGCAAACUGUGCCUGCAAGUUCAGUGCCAUCAAUGAUGCUGUGUCUUUGAGUCCCAUGGAUGCAGUGCCAUCCAGAAGGUAAAAUCCUGCUCGAAGUUUCCCACAGAUUGUUGCCAUUGGGGAUGGGGAAUUAUUUAACUCUGUGCUGGUUUCAGCUGGGCUAGUUAAUUUUCUUCACAGUGGCUGGCAUGGGGCUGUGUUUUGGAUUUGUGCUGAACACAGGGUUGAUGAUACAGAGAUUUUUUUGUUGCUGCUGAGCAGGGCUUACACAGAGCCAAGGCCUUUUCUGCUUUUCAUACAACAGAAAAGGCAAGGAAGCUGGGAGUGCACGGAAUGUUGGGAGGAGACACAGCCAGGACAGGUGACCCCAGCUGACCAAAGGGACAUUCCAGACCAUGUGUUAUCAUGUUCAGUAUAUGCAGUGGGGCAGAAGGAGGAAGGGAGAGAUGUUUGGAGUGAUGGUGUUUUCUGCUCAAGCAGCCAUUACACUUGGUGGUGAUGGCUGAGCACCUGCCUGCCCAGGGGAAGCAGUGAAUUAAUUUCGUGUUUUUCUUUGCCUGUGUGUGUGGCUUCUGCUUUCCCUACUAAGCUGCCUUUAUCUCAAGCCAUGAGUUUUCCCAGCUUUUACCCAUCUGAUUCUGUCCUCAAUCCCAUUGGUGGGGAAGGGAGCAAGCAAGCAGCUGCCUGGGACUUGGUGGAUGGUUGGGGUUUAACAACAGCAACAAACUCCAAGUUUAGUCUCUAAGUACAAUAAAUAUAAUUAAGAGCUUUUCUUUUUCUUAUUUCGCUGUAGACUCAGGAAAAUCCUUUUGUAGAAAAAGGGCCCUGAAAUCUUCUCUUUCUAAGCUUAGCCUCUAAAUGUGAUGAUCUUGAUUUAAACAUUUUGUAUGAUAAGUGUUUUAGACAGGGGAAGACCUAUCAGAAUAAACUGAGCACACUUGGAACACUUGCCUUGCCAAAAAGGGUUCAUGUCUCUUUGCCAGGUCCAGUGCUAGGGAGAAAAUGACCAGGCCUUGCUGCUUCUGGAGGGGUAAACUCUCAGAAGAGUCCACUGCUGAAUCAGCUGAAUAUAGGAAAAGUCACUCUUGACUAUUCAAAUGGCAGGCAGGGGUGUAGGAGUGAAAGCAGAGAUGCUUUCAUUAUGUCAGUCCUUUCCAUUGAAACUGCCCCAUCAAGGGAUGUACAGGUUUUCAGCCUGAGUCAGAAAAGUGAAAGUUUCUGCCUUGUGACAUAUGUGGGUGGCUUUUCCCUUUGGAAAAAUGAUAGUAAUGUGUGCCAAAAUAGAUAUAUGUUUUUCAUCAAGAUACAGAUACAGAAAUUAUUUAUGUUCAUGGCCCAUGCAUGGUUGCUUUGACUUUUGGUUUUGCAAAUUAUAUUUGUAGUUGUGGGGAAUUGUUUUUAAAUGUCCAGUAGAAAGUCUUUGGCAGUAUCCAGGAUGUUCAGUAUACACUGUUCAAAAUAAAAGAUUGAGUAUUUUUGUUCCAUUCUUAAAAUUUAUUUUUCAAUUCCUUUCUUCUCUACUAGUUUCCAGUUUCUUUAGUUAUGUUCAGCUGAUUAUUGAAAAAAUAUUCUAGUUCUGGCUCCUUGUGUUUUUUAUCUUCUGCUAAAUUACUUGGCUACCUUCUGAAAAGGUUGAAAGAAGAUUUUGGCUUGCUGGAAAGCCUGCUGGGUCCCUGAAAAGAAAAUAUUCCUAAUAAUGAAGGCUUAAUUACAUCCUGGAUUUAAUAUUCCCCUUCUAAAAAGAUCUUGAAAGAUGGAAACCUAUGAGCUAUUUUCAGCAAUUAUAAAGUAUUUAAAUGAAAGGCUCAGCAGGAGAAAAAAGAGCAAAUAAAGAGCAAAUCGGUAUUUUUUAUGCAAUAGUUUUAUCAUUUGUCAAGAAAUUGAGGUUCUAGCUCAUGGCAGAAAUAAAUUUGGAGUAGUUGAGGCUUUAUGGUUUUUGCUUUUUAAUUUUUGGGUUUUAGCAGCCAACAUCUACUCAAUCAAACACAGAAUCAUAGAAUGUUAAGAGAUUGGAAGGGACCAACCCCCCUGCCGUGAGCAGGGACAUCUCCCACUAGCCCAGGCUGCUCAAGGCUCUAUCUAACCUGGCCUUGAACACUGCCAGAAUUGGGAUGUCCACAGCCUGCCUGGGCAGCCUGUUCCAGUGUCCUACCAUCCUCACAGUAAAAUCAUUAUUCCUGAUAUCUAAAUUAAAUUCCCUCUCUUUCAGUUUGUACUCAUUUCCUCUUGUCCUAUCACUACAAUUCCUGACAAAGAGUCCCUCCCACUUCCCUGGAGUCCCUCUUCAGAUACUGGAAGGUUGCUGUGAGUUCUCCAUGCAACCUUCUUAGCCUGGAAAUUCCACAUGCAUUUGGAAUUGCAAAUAGGGUUUCUGACUCUUAGCCUUCAGAUCUUGGCUCAGCGCUCCAGCAAGAGUAGAGUUGGGGGCUAAAAAAAAGUAAUUGUUUUGUGAUUUGAAUUGCACAUCAGCUAGGAGAGGAUGGUGUAGGAAACCAAGGGAGGAGCUGCAUCUCAGUCCCAUGCAUCAGCUUUUGCUUUUCAAUUUGCUUUUUUUCCGAGUGUUUCCAUCUACAUUUUGGGUUAAUUGUUCAAUUGCAGCUUCAGGUUAUGAAGUCCCAUCCUCCGAGAUUGCUCUUAUCAAUUCACUGUUGUUUAUGCUUUUUGGGUCUGAAGUUGCAAUGGUGUUCUUGGUUCUCAAGCUGGAAAAGGAUUGUUUUGUCAAACUAAACUGUGUAGAGAAUUUGCAAACACUUUAUAUGAACUUCAGAGUGACAUACUAAUGCAGUACAGAAUCUGGAAAAUAUGAAAGCUAAAACUUAAGGCAUCAAUAGGGCUUUUCUAACUUCAGCCUCUUGGUCAUCUCUUUUGUUCAAGGCAAUCUGUUUCAAAGACAAUCAGUGGAGUGUGUAAUUACAGCUUCCAGCCCAUGUUGCCUAAUGAAAAUUCUUUUUUUUUUUUUUUUGAGAAAUACUUGUACUACCUUGUGCAUCUACAACUAAGUGAAAUUGGGUUAAGCUGUAAACAUUUAUUGUUUUCCUUUUCCAUGUUGUAAGCUUACUAGUUUUUCUGUGUGAAUGGGAAUGUGUGACCUUUACAGUUGUUUUCAAUACAUGUAUGUACCUCCUUCUCAAGUGUUACAGGCUACUGAUGUUUCAUGGAGCACAAGCUGUCAUUUUACACAAUAAUACAUGAUAGUGCCCAGCCCCACCAUUGGGUCUGAAUUCUGCAAAGAGGGAGAAGUGAUGUUAAUGCAGGAACUUGAAUGAAUUAAGCAAAAAAAACUUCAUAAGAGAAAUGUAUUUCUGUGUAAGACCCAUGUUAUUUACUGCUCACGUCUUUGUUCUACUCAUGAACAUAACAAAUGUGUUUUGCUGUAAUAUUUUGGUUUUGUUAGAGUCCAGUUUUUUAUUUCAAGAGAAAAUUAAAAGUUCUUAAUGAAUAUUCUCUGAUUGCAAUACUGUAUGUAUGUGUAUAUGUGGAUGGCAUCAUUCCUUACCAUUCUAUGUUACUAAUAAAGUGUAUAAUGCCUAAAUUGAUUGGAGCCAAGAGUAAUAUUUUUGACAGUUGCUAAUAAAAAGUGAUAUUUUUUUUUUCCUUAGAACUUGCCUUUUAAUGUAGGAAAAUCGAAGUGUAUGACUUUUUGUGUCAUUAAUAAACAUAUUUGUACAUGCA